AUGGCCGAUUCAGCUACGCCCGCCACGGCGCAAGCGCCCUCUGCAUCUACGAACAAUAACGCAAACGCAAACGCGAACGAGAAGAAACCCAAUGGUGGAAACCGGAAUAAUAACAAUAACAACAACCGCCAAAAACGUGGACCCAAUCGUCAGCCCUCGGUCAGCAAUGGUCCCAAUGGAGGCACCCCUAAGGACAAUACGAAUAAUUCUGGGAACAAUUCGAACGCCAACGCGAACUCUGGUGGCAAGUCCCAGCCUCGUUCCCAGAGGAAACCCUCUACAAAUCUCGGCGCUUCCCCGGCGCCUGUGCCACAAGUUGCUGCAGUCGCGUCCGACGGAUCGCGUCCUCCUUCGACCGAUGGUACCAAGAAGACCGACAAUCGCCGCAAUAACAACAAUGGCCAGCGCCGUGACAGCCAAUCUGGUGGCCGAGGCCAGGGUAACAAUCGUCGUGGGUCCAGUCGCCAGGCUAGCCAGAGUCGCCAGCAGUCCGGUGACCAGGUCAAGGCAUCUCCCUCUACCGAGAAUCCCACACCCGGUUCGAAUCCUGCUACCGACCAGGCACAGCGCCUCUUGGAACGAGCGAUCACCGAUAUGAAGUCAACUGCUCAACAGAACUCGGCAGCCGCACCGGCCGCGCCCCAGCAGCAGUCCGUUGCUCAAGGGUCGACUCUCGGACUCAAUGCCCCCGUUUUCCAACCCGGCGCAUCGGUUUACCCUACUCCUGGCGCUCCCACCGAUCUCCCACCUCGUCAUCGCAAGUCCGCAUCCACCGGAAGCCAUUCCAGCCCUGGUUCAUUCAACUCUUCGUCGUUCACAUCCCCUCUACAGGGUUUCUCGCCCAAUCUUCAUUCUAUGCGUGAGGAUGUCGCCGAGGAAGGCGAAAUUGAAGAGAACAACCAGUAUUCGGCACAACAGCAGGCACAGUUCCAGCAGAGGAACGCACAGCCACCUGUGGGCACCUUUUCUGCCCCUCGUUUUGCUGCGCUUGCUCAACAGCAACAACAGACUCAACUAACCCAGGAGGAGCCCGAAGUCCUUGGGCCCACUGGCCGCCCGCAGCUCGCGCCGACCUUCCAAUUCGGUAGGCGUCGUAAUACUAACACCGGCAAUGCUCCUGCGAUCCAAGAGGAAGAUCUUGGUUUCCAAUUCCCGCAGCAACAGCAUUAUCAACCUGAAGCUCAGCAGUCGCAGUCAAUUGCAUCAGCACAAGCACAGGCUCACCGUCGCACUGGAAGCGAGGUCACCGGUAUGCUCGCUGAACAAAUGGCUCUACAAGCUCAGAUCGAGGCUCUUCAGCAGCAGCAACAGCAAUUACUGCAGCAACAGAUUGCUACUGGUAGUGUGAUGUCCACCUUUGGCUCUUCCAAUCUUGGCGCCGGCCGGCCUAUGCAGAAUCAUCGCCGCAUCCAAAGUCAGCAGAUCCCUGUCGGAGGCGGUAUGGGUAACUUUGGGGGCAACUUGCAAGGCGGUCCAAUGGGCAACUUUGGUAACGUCAACCUCAAUGGCGGACUCGGCCUUGGUAUGCCUCCUGAACAAAACCCUAACGCUCCUCGUGGGCAUGGUCGUCGCCACAGCGUUAACGUUAUCAAUAAGUCUCCUGGUGGGGGAGAGACACUUGGUCAAUUCAAUUACUCGUACGACCAAGAUGGCUAUGGUGACGGCUUCGCACCCGCUCCUAGCGGUCACAAUCGCCAAGCUUCUCGCUCUGACGCUAGCUGGCGUAUCAAUGGAGGCGCCGGUGCUAUCGGGAGCAGUUUUGGGCAGGGUACCGCCGAACUCGCUCAAGCUCAGGCCCAACUCCAGAGUCUUCAGCAGUUCCGUGCCGCAGCCGGUGGUCACCACCAGAAGAUGCCUUCAUUCAGCUUCCCCAAUAUGUUGCCAAACAUGAUGGCCGCAAAUAUGAUGAGUUUUGGCGGUGGGUUGAAUGUCCUGCAGCAACAGCAACAACAAUUCCAGAUGCAACUCCAGCAACAAUCGAACCAGCCUCAGCGCAAGUCCCUCUUCGCCCCUUACCUUCCCCAAGCUUCCCUUCCUCCUUUGCUUGCAGCUGGAAAGCUUGUUGUUGGCAUUCUUCGCGUCAACAAGCGCAACCGCUCCGAUGCCUACGUGUCCACCGAGGUGCUUGAUGCAGACAUUUAUAUCUGCGGUUCCAAAGAUCGCAAUCGUGCACUCGAAGGUGACAUUGUUGCUGUUGAGCUACUAGACGUCGAUGAAGUCUGGGGCACCAAGAAGGAGAAGGAAGAGAAGAAACGUAAGAAGGAGGAGAAUGCUGCCUAUGAUGUCCGUGGUGCGAUCGGGCGCAAGAACGACAAGAAGAAGGACGAUGUUGAGGUCGAAGGCCAAGGACUGAUGCUGUUUGAGGAUGAGGAGGUGACCGAUGAGGUCAAGCCCCAGUUUGCUGGACACGUCGUUGCCGUUGUUGAGCGUAUGCCCGGCCAACUCUUUUCUGGCACCCUCGGACUUUUGCGUCCAUCUUCUGCGGCGACCAAGGAGAAGCAGGAAGCCGAGCGCCGCGAGCGCGAGGGUGAUCGUUAUGAUGAACAGGCCGCGAAGAAAGAGAUGGAACGCCCCAAGAUCGUCUGGUUCAAGCCUACUGACAAGCGUGUUCCUCUCAUCGCCAUCCCGACCGAGCAGGCACCCCCCGACUUUGUUACCAAUUCUGAGGCCUACGCUGACAAGCUAUUUGUCGCAUGCAUCAAACGCCACGCAAGUAUACCCAUUAGCUCUCUUCAUCCGUUCGGCACGCUCGUCGAGGAGCUUGGUCCGAUUGGAGAUGUCGAGGUCGAAACCAGCGCCCUUCUUAAGGACUGCAAUUUCCCGACUGAAGAAUUCACUGAGAAUGUCAUCAAAUGUUUGCCCCCUCUUCCAUGGACCAUCCCCGAACGAGAAUACGAGACCCGUCGUGACUUCCGUAACGAGCGUGUCUUUACUAUUGAUCCCACCACAGCCAAGGACAUGGACGACGCGUUGCACGUUCAGGUUAACGACGACGGUACUUACGACAUUGGUGUUCAUAUUACCGAUGUCUCUUACUUCGUCAAGCCGAACACUGCACUCGAUCGGGAUGCUCGCAAACGUGCUACAAGUGUUUAUUUGGUUCAACGUGCUGUACCGAUGCUUCCUCCUACUCUGAGCGAGGAAUUGUGCAGUCUUGUCCCCGGAAAAGAGCGCUUGACCUUCUCUGCUGUGUUUACCAUGACGCAAGAUGCACGAGUAAUCAAGAAGUGGUUUGGGCGCUCAAUUAUCAAAUCCGCUGCGAAGCUGUCCUAUUCUGAGGCUCAGGGAGUAAUAGACGGUGGCAAUCUCGCUAGCAAGAACGUUGACCCGCAGCAUAGCGCGAAUGCUAUCGAGGGGGAUAUUAAGAUUCUCCAUAAUCUCGCCAAGCAGAUGCGUGAGCGCCGUAUUGAGAAUGGCACACUUAGCAUUCAGUCCUUGAGGCUCAAGUUCGAUCUCGAUGAAUCUGGUGCACCCGUCGACUGCAGUGACGAAUUGCAAACAGAGGCCAACCACCUUAUUGCAGAAUUUAUGAUCCUGGCCAAUACUGCCGUUGCUCAGCAAAUUGCUGUUCACCUGCCAGAGCAAGCACUUCUCCGCCGUCACGAGGAGCCUAUCGAGCGUCGUCUGGCUGGAUUCAAGGAGCGUGCUGCGCGUCUCGGAUAUGAAGUCGAUACUUCAUCUGCUGGUGCUUUACAAAGAUCGUUCAACGCUGUCCAAGAUCCUACCGCUCGUCGUCUCCUCGAGAUCCUCUGUUCCAAGGCCAUGCAUCGUGCCAAGUACUUCUGCACGGGUAUGCUUGAUAUUGCCAAAUACAGCCACUAUGCGCUCGCGGAGCCGCUGUACACCCAUUUCACCUCCCCUAUCCGUCGUUACGCGGACAUUCUUGUGCACAGGCAAUUGGAGAGUGUGAUUGGCCCUGCCUCUGACGUCAAGUUCACCAUGGAUCGCGAUUCGGUUGCCAAGGUUGCUCAGCAGUGUAAUAUCAAAAAGGACUCUGCUAAACUGGCCCAAGAACAAUCUGCUCAUCUUUUCCUAUGCUUACUUAUUUCCGACCUGACCCAAAGGUACGGACCUGUGGUUCGCCAGGCUCGUGUAGUUGGGGUUCUCGACGCCGCAUUCGACGUUCUUAUCCCAGAGUUCGGCAUCGAGAAGCGUGUCCAUGUCGAUCAGAUGCCUAUUGACAACCAUGUCUUUGAGGAGCAUACGCACACUCUUCAGAUUUACUGGUCGAAUCGUGAUGUGAUCUCUUGGUUGGCUGAGAACAGCGACGACGAGCAUCUCAAGAAGGUCAAGCAGACUGCCGAGCAACACGCGGUUAAGAUGGAGCUCACCUCACAAGACGAGAUUGUCAUUAACCGUCCUGCGCCUCCUGUUGACGCUGCUGAAGAAACUUCGAAACAGCGCAAGUUGUCCAAGGCCAAAGUUGAACCCCAGUUUGAGGGUCUGCGCCGCACUCCUGCUGGUCACCGGAUCCAGGAUAUUCGCGAGCUCAUGAGUGUCCCCGUCAUUGUGACUGCCGACCUCACCAAGAGCCCCCGGUUAUCAAGGUAUACAGCGUUAACCCUUACGCUGAGGCCGCCCCAACUCCCAAGAAAUAAGUCGGCAAAAGCUCUGCGCCAGGAUGCCACGACUUGGUUGGCGGCAGAGCCUGGUGGAAAGAUGGAAGUAGAGACGGAGCUGGAGCGCACAUGGCGUACGACACAGGCAGAGAUCGUUGAAGCUGUUGGGUUCGAUGUUGCGACUGGAAGAAGAGAGGGAAGUGGGACCUAG